AUGGGAGUUGGAACCAGGUUAGAGACUGACUUGGCUGGAAUCAGAGACACUGACUCUCUCACCUUGGUCCUUCCAGAAACACGCAUGCUUUCGCUGCCUGUACAGGGCAGGUUUUUUGAUCCUAACAUACUGAACGUGAGCAGACUAAAGAGGCUGAAGCGGAGGAUAACCCAGCAUUAUGAACGACGUCACUUCAUCACUCUCCUGCAGGGCCUAUACAGCUGCCGCUGGAGACGCUACCAGUGGUUUGAGCUGGAGUCUCGUACCACUUGCUGUUUGAGGGGAGAUCAGAUAUUUUUCCCCUUCAUGGUUGCAGCAUUAUGCAUGUCGUCCAUAUUUCUAUACAUGUGGCUGGAAGCAAAGAAUGACUAUGCCAGUUUUGAUGAGUACAUUUACCAGUUCACAAAUUACUGGUUUUUCUGGUCCUUCUUUCUGGUGGUUGCAGCUUCAGUCAUGUUCACUUACAUCAUACUGCUCAUGAUCCUAGGGAUGUGUUUGCUAGCAGAAGGCCAGCAGCUAUACCUGCAUUGGUGCAAUAAGAUUGGCACCCUGCUGGUCUUGAGCAUAUGCAUCUUUGGUUUUCUAAUCGUAAACUUACUUUGUGAGGAAAAAUGGAAAGCUGCUGAGGUAUCACUACAGAUAACUGCUCCCUACAUCCACAUCUUUGGAAUAUGCAUGAUGGUAGUUUUCUCAUGGCCUAUUGCCCUCUAUUUUGCCAAGCUGAAUACAACAGCUCUUAUGGAGGUGGAACACAGAGGUCAGAAAGAAGCCUAUGAAAAGUCUAGGAAGAUAAUGAAAAUUAGAGCCAUUCAGUUCAUCAUCAUUAUUUUCUUCCUGGCCGUUCUUCUCAUUAUGUACGUCAUCCCCCUAGGGAUACGUUCUCCCUGUCUCCGACAAAACAAGACACUGGGACCCAAACCAACUUUCUUUGGGCACAGAGGCGCACCAAUGCUGGCGCCAGAGAAUACCCAGAUGGCCUUUGAGAAGGCUAUUGAACAUGGUGCCGCAGGGCUGGAGACUGAUGUCACCCUCAGUUAUGAUGGUGUUCCUUUCCUUAUGCAUGACCCCACCCUGAGGAGAACAACUAAUAUCCAUGAGAUCUUGCCGGAUUUCUCUGACAUGCCUGCCUCUAUGUUCACUUGGAAAACCCUGGAAACCCUGAACUCAGGCCAAUGGUUCUUCAAGGCUAAGCCAUAUAAAUACAUGGCGCCACUGACUAAAAAGGAUGAAGAGAUGGCAAAGAAUCAGUCAAUUAUGAAACUAAGCAAUUUCUUGAGACUUGCAAACAAGGAAAAUAAACUGGUGAUAUUUGAUCUCUACCGUCCCCCAAGGAAACAUCCUUACAGACAUAGAUGGAUCAUGAAAGUGUUAGAAGUGAUGAUCAAUGAAGUCGGGAUUAAAAGUCACCUGGUCCUUUGGUUGCCAGGGCAGUACAGGUCAGAUGUUCGAAUGAUAGCUCCACAUUACACACAAGUGUUGGGAGCGAAGUUACCUCUCGUUGACCUCCUGAGAAUGGGAAUUAAAGGAUUGAACCUUGGUUACAAGGACAUGAACAGCAAGGAUAUCAAGGAAUAUGAGAAAUAUGGCAUCUUCACCAACAUAUACGUCAUCAAUGAGCCCUGGUUAUACUCCCUGGCCUGGUGUGCUGGGGUUCAUUCGGUCACCACUAAUGCCAUCCAGAUACUGAGGAACGUGAAAAGGCCAUACUUCUUAAUGACGCCGGAUGAGUAUAUGAGAAGGUGGAUACUGCUGGACUUCAUUUCUGCCUUAGUCAUUAUGGUUGUGUUUUUUUUCCACUGGUGGAGACAGAAAGGAUGGUGUGAAUCGAGUGUGAAAAACUCAAGACCAGAAUUUCCAAUGUCCGGGGUUACAGGUAUCAAAGAGAAUAUCGAGGAGGUCCAACAACAGAAUAAGAACAAUGAAAAUCAGAAAGAAAUACCAGUAUCACCGAGUUCUUCUGACAAAAGCACAGCAGAUUAUUGGGAUUCCCUCUUAGAAAUGAAGCUAGAAAACAUGAAAAUGACCAGGAGCCUGAGCACAGAGAGUGUUAUGGGAUCGAACGAUGAAGAUAUGCAAGGAAAUAUGUUUCCUACAAGCAUAAGCAAAGACACUGGGAAAGGAUCAGAUGAAGAAGAAGUACUAGGCAUGUCUCAUUUUAUAGGAGAAGAG